UCGAGGUCCCAGCGCGAGGACCGAACAGACGAUCGGACCGAGAGCGCACAGCCCGGCUCAUCGCCAAGUUCACGCGGGUCUCGUUUGCGACGAAGCGAAGGAUCUUGCGUUGUCGAACAUCGCUCCAGGGGCCAUGCCACGAGCCUCCGGGGGUGUCCCCAUUCGUGGCCUUCAGCAAUUCUUCAUCAGUACUCACCGGCACCUGGGCGCCUUGUUGGUGGCGAACAACGACGUUCCACAAGGUUGCGACGAAUCGAAGGAUGUUGUGCAGACCACGCUGGGCGACAUAAAGGAUGGUCGACUACUCUUUGUCAUCAGUGUCCACCGACGCCUGGGCGCCUUGUUGUUACCAAAUAAUGACGUACCACAAGGAUGCGGCGAAGCGAAGGAUGUUGAGCUGUCGAAGGUCAAUCCAGGGGCCAUGCCGCGAGCCCCGGAGAUGUCGCCAAGUCCGGCCUACUACCCUUUUACAUCAGUGUCCACCAUCGCCUGGGCUCUGUAAUGGUGCCAGAUAAGAACGUACUAAAGGUUGUGACGAAUCGAAGGAUGUUGUGCUGGCCACGCUGGGCGACGUCAAGGCUGGAAAACUAGCCUUUCUCAUCAGUGUCCACCGAUGCCUGGGCGCCUUGUUGUUACCAAAUAA